AUGGAGAAAGACUCAAAUGAAAGCGAAUUAUCGGGACACAGAGUAAAAGAAAGAAAAUCCUAUAGCAGUGAUCUGGACGAGGAGGCGAGUGAUGGGAACAGCCAACAAGAAGUUUCUGAGGGCGACCACCAAGAUCGUGAGGAAGAAAAAGAAGUCAAUGCAGUUGUUGAUAAAGCCGAAAACAACGAAACUCAAUCAACAGAAAUCACAUCGAAUGAAGCAGUCCACGACGCGGAUAGGGAAUCAGAAGUAGUGGCAGAGGACAUUUUGCUCGCUACCGCAAACUCGUCAAGCAGAAGAUCAUCGCGCAUCAUGCUUGAUGGUUCUGAAACAAUCGAUGCUAUAAACGAAUCUGAAAUGGAGAUUGACGACGCGGCCGAGGAAAAGAUCAUGGCUCCUGAAAGUACGAUUGUCGACGACGCUCCGAAAAUAGCGCAAGAAUCUAUGGUCAUUUCUUUUGGCGCAGCCGCUGCAGGGGAGGAGGUGCGAGAGCUACGAGCCUAUACACAACGUCCAAAGUGUGAGCAGCAGAACAAAGUUUCAGAAAAAGUGUCUCCCAAGGCAGAUCUGAAAGAAAGCAUCGACUCUAUUGGCACUGUGCAACUUUUGAAGCCGGGCCUGCUAUCCACAGCAAUGGCGAAAAACGAAGAGGAGAACGAUCGUGAUGGAGUUCCAACGGUUGCACUAUCCCCAACCAUGAACGCAAAAAAAAGAAUUGAUGGAAAUGGAGACGAAGAAGUUGGUUGGAGAAGCGAUGAAUAUGACUUGGGAAUGGAUGACGAUUCCAGCUCGCCACCCCAAAAACCAGGUGCCUUUCAGAUUGGAACUCAACAAAAUGGAUCAUUGGCUCUUUCCGAGGAACCCGAUGACUCAAAACAGUCGCCUUCAAACUCACCAAGUUCAAAACUUGCUAAUAGCGGCAGAUCAACCAGCGCCGCCGUCAUUGACGAAGAAUCAUUGCAACGGGAAUUCGACAACAAGUUAAAGGCAGACAUGAUGGUUUCUGCAGAAUAUGACGAAGCUGACAACAAACAAGGAUUCUGGCAGAAGAAUGCAUCGGAAAUUUGUUGCGUGAGCGUGGUAGUCAUUGCUGGUUUGGUUAUUGGGCUUUUCGUCGGACUUGGUCAAGCAUCUAGCCGGAAUGUUGGAAAUAUCACAAAGGCUCCAACAACGAGCCCUACUCUACUGGAUGAUGACCAAUACCUCCAAGUUCUUUUCAGCUCCAUAUCCGGGGACGAGGUAUUUCGCAACCCGAGUUCCCCCCAAUCAAAGGCUUUCAAAAUGAUAUCCCGCGAAAGCCAUGACGACAUAUUCGAUGUGAGGGAAAUUGGUGACCAGUAUUUGGCCGAACGAUACGCUCUUCGGGUUCUGUACUACUCUACAGGAGGCGAUGCAUGGCUCAUCAAUGACCACAAUUUCAAUUCGACGCUGAACACAUGCUCUUGGAUGAACGUAACCCAAGGCAACAGGUUGUUGUGCAAUGAUCUUGGUGAAGUCACGGAUCUAUUUCUUAAUGCCGUGGGGUUGAAUGGAACAAUACCAUCAGAACUGGGGGUUCUGUCAUCUCUUUCUGAGCUCUCAUUAGCAAAGAACAGCCUAUACGGCACAAUUCCCAGUUCUUUAGGGGAAAUGAAAGAUAUGAAAUUCAUGCAACUUGCACUGAACUCUAUUUCUGGCAGUAUUCCGUCCUCCUUUGAAAGAUUUGCAAAGCUCGAACGCUUCAUUAUGCAUGUUAAUAGAUUGUCCGGAUCAUUACCCAACUUAUGGGGCGAUGAGUUCAGACGAUUACGCAUUAAUCGCAACAAAAUCAAUGGAACUAUUCCAGAAAUGCCAAAACAAAUGGCGCUGGAUUGGUUUCAAGUGUCAGACAAUGCUUUCACGGGGACUCUACCACUGAAUUUGGCCACACAGUCAAGGCUUAUCACAUUAGCAAUUUCCAACAAUCGAUUUGAGGGAACAAUACCCAAUGAGUAUAGCGCAUUGACUUUGAUGGAGAACUUCGUCGUUGAUGGCAACAUGCUUUAUGGUACACUUCCUAGUAUGCUUGGAAGAAUGACUGCAGUCGAUUGGUUUUGGGUGCACGGCAAUAAUUUUAGCGGAAGUCUUCCGGCCUCCUUUGAAACUAUGACCAAUGCAACUCAAAUGAAGUACCACAACAACAACUUCAAUGGUACAUUGCCCGAUGAAUGGUCAGCAUUAGAAAGUCUGGUGUCGCUUGAAGUUUUCAACAAUCCAUACCUUGAAGGCACUGUUCCUUCGUCGUAUAUUGGGCUUGAAGCUCUGAAAAGUUUUGCACUCGCAGGGACAAGAAUAUCAGGAGGAUUGAGUGAUACCCUCUGUAAUACCCAGGAGCUUGACUCGUUGUCAGCCGAGUGUGGUGGCGCAACACCAUUCAUCGAGUGUCCAUGUUGUACCACUUGCUGUGAUGGUGAUUUCUGUGCCUUGCAAAACCUCAACGAGACCUGA